AUGAGCGUGCCCUCUCAAAUUCCGGUCCCAGCCCACACGCUUGCGGAAUCCAUGCUAUCGCGACGCUUCGGCCGGGAAACCGCAAACUAUUUCUCCAGCUCCCCAAUCAACAGACUAUCGUUUCUGCGCGGUGAUCACCCAUUCCUCUCAUCGGCCCUGAAGCACCCGUCUACGCAGUUCGUCCUGCUGAACAACCUUGCCCCCCUCACUCGCUCCCCAGCUGAGUUGUACUAUGCCAAGUAUGAGGAACUGCGCAAGCUUAUCCCACAGGAUUUCUUUGACGAAUCCGAAGAAGACAUGAUCAAGACCUUUGACUCGCGGAAGACUUACCCAAGCCUUAUCUUCCUUGGUCUGGACGAGAGCCGCAAGGAAGAGAAUGCCUUUGCACACAAGAUCUACUCCGGAUCCCCGUGCUUCGCCCUAGAUGUCACGCCUAAGGGAUCCGAGGCGCAGCAGACUGCCGCCAAGGAUGUCAUCAGUGCAAUGGAAUCGAAAGGCCUUUCGUUCUUCCAGACUAGAAUUGUUACAACCUUUACUCCGGACGAAGCCGCUAUCUAUGCUCAGGCCCGCGCUUUGACCGACUGGAACAACCGCAACACCUUCUGCGGCACCUGUGGCAACCCCACUCUCUCCGUGAAUGCAGGAACUAAGCGCACCUGCCCACCUACGGACGCUGCCCGCGCCGCUACAGGCCAAUCCAUAGAGCGCCCCGCCUGCACGACCCGUACCACGCUUUCGAACCUGUGCUUUCCCCGCACAGACCCGACCAUCAUUGUGGCCGUCGUCUCCGCCGAUGGCAAGCGUGUUCUACUCGGUCGAUCUAAGCGCUUCCCGCCCAACUGGUAUUCAACUCUGGCGGGAUUUAUCGAGCCGGCAGAAUCCAUUGAGGAUGCCGUGCGCCGUGAAGUGUGGGAGGAGGCUGGUGUGACGCUUUCACGGGUUGUCAUCCAUUCUUCACAGCCGUGGCCGUACCCCGCGAACUUGAUGAUUGGUGCUAUUGCGCAAGUGUCCGAUCCGGCUCACGAGAAGAUUAAUCUGGAGCAUGAUCCGGAGCUCGAAGAUGCGAAGUGGUUUGACGUUGAGGAGGUAGAGGAGGCGCUGCGAAUUGGAACGAGCGAUUUGAGUUCCGGCCCUGGACCGGAGUAUAAAGGUGGUUUGAAGCUGCCGCCGCCAACGGCGAUUGCGAAUCAGUUGAUCCAGGCGGCGAUUAGCAAGGACUAUUUCCAUCACGAAGAGAAGUCUUCCAAGAUGUGA